CCUCCGUCCAAAGCGAGCCGAGACCAGGAGUUUUGGCCGCUUAACCCCUCAAACAUAAACUCCCCGUCAAAGCUCUGACUUCCCAACCAUCUCCUCCUGUUCCUUUCUAUUUUCUUGAUGGGAGACACAGCGAAGGGCACCAUCACCUCCCUCGACUCCCUCUUCUCCCCGGAGGAGGCCUGGAAGGCGGCGCGGCGGGUCGAGGACGCCAUUGCCGACCGCCGGAAGGAGCUCGACCGCCUCCGUGGCUUCCUUUCCGACAACUCCGCCCUCAUCCACCUCGUUCGCAAGCUCCCCGACGAGCUCUCCCAUGACAUCAUGGUCCCAUUUGGGAGUGCGGCCUUUUCCCCCGGCCGUCUGAUUCAUACGAAUGAAUUCCUGGUGCUAUUAGGGGAGGGGUAUUAUGCGGAUAGAACAGCGAAGCAAACUAUUGAGAUACUGCAGAGGAGGGGAAAGGCUUUGGAAGCUCAGGUUGACUCUUUGAAGGCGACGAUGUUGGAUCUUCAACUAGAGUCUAAGUUCUUCAAUUCAACGGCUGCCGAGGCUGCUGAAGGUCUUGUAGAAAUAAGGGAGGAAUACGUGGAAGAUACUCCAAAAGAUGUGUUUGAAUCAGGCAUAUCAGUUUCAAAUCCUCCAGACGCUUCCAAAGAAGACAAUUUAGGAAAGCCUGAUGAAGAUGAGGUGCAUGCUCGAAUUAUGGCAAAGCUAGAUGAACUUGAAAAGGAAGAAAUUGAAGAUGGAAGUGCAUCUGGCAGUGAUGAAGAUGCUGAGGAUAGUUUUCAGAGUAAUGUUGAUGAUGACAAAAAUGAAGCUUCAGAGAUUGCGAAUUUAAGCAUGCAAUUUUCUGGCAAAGCUGCUUCCUUUCAGAGCGACAGAGAACAACCUCACAGUAUAGAGAAGUCUCCAUUGCCACCAGAGCCAAAGGAAAAUCUUCACCAAGCUUCUGUUCUGAAGCUGGAGGACUCUUCUGAAAAUUCUGCAAGACAAACUUUUAAGAUUGGCUCAAGUAGUCGCAGGGCAUUUACAGGAUCUAUUGUUGAACAUAGUCAUGGACUGGCACCCAUCCAGUCAACCAAAAGCACCAUCCCGGACCAGGCUUCUGGUUCGAAUCCCUCAAAGCCGGUGUCGAGGUUCAAGAUGCAGAAAGGCAUCCGCUGAUCAUGAACAGAUGCUGGUAAAUUUUUGCGGUAAAGUGUUUAUUUUGCAGCGACAUCAUGAUGUUGCAUUUUUCUUUCCCUUUCUGGAUAUGUCUAUGCGAGUUCUCACCAAGGGGGAACAAAAGAAUGUGAAUCAUCCUUCUGUAAAAGAAUAGUUCUAUCUGCACUUCUUUCCUGUUAUAGUGCUGGAACCAAGCAUCCUGCAUGUUGAUGCCAAAGUCUUCUAUCACCUGCACAUAGUGUGGGAUUUGAAGAAAACAUGGUUUCAAAUCUACCGGAUGUCAACUUCAGUCAAAUGAAGGCCACGAAUGCUCUUUGAUAAAAA